CCGACUUUGGGUUUCCUGACAAUGGGAUUUUUCCUCCCCAAGAUGGAAAGUAAGAGCCUCAUCCUGAUCCUCUUGCUGUGCUGCAGCUUGCUCAGAGCUGCUGAUGCUCACAUGGUCAUUGAGGAGAAGACAGAAUGCAACCUGCCAAGGAGCAGCCAAAUGAACCUCCAAGACCUCCCCCCCAUCUCCAUAGCAGAUUUAACUAAAAGAUCCCAGAAAGUCAGCAGGAAAGAGGCAGAGAACAAGAAAUCUGCCAAGAAAAAUGCUGAACUGAAGACUCCACCAAAGCCUCGUCCCACGCCAGCUGCUGACUGUGUGCCCAACUUCAAACCCUGCAAACCCCACCUGAGUUCCUGCUGUAGCUACUGUGCUUUGUGCAAAUGCAGAAUUUUCCAGACCAUCUGCCAAUGCCUCCUGUUAAACCCAAAGUGCUAAAC